CCAAUCUUAAAAGUUAAACCUACACGUCAUUUAUGAACGAUCCCCCAAAGCAAGCAAGAGAGGAAGUUUACAGAAUACAAAAAUAAGCAUUAAUUACAAUGAUAGCUAAUUAAGAAAGAGCGAAAGAAGAAAGCAAAACAUGAUAAAUUGAUGUGGUUUUCAUGAACAUUCAGUCCGACUGAUAAAAAAAAACUAGUGUUAUAAUGAAAUUAGGACUGAUGAAAAAAGAAAACUGUGCAGCACUAACCGAAAUGCAAUUUACAGUCUUGAAAUGAGAAUUAAGUGCAAAGUGAAUUCAAUUAAGGAAAGACUAUAUAUAGUGAGUGUGAUGUAUGUGAAUGUGUACAAAUAAGAACAGCACAAAUUUUCAUAUUUUUGGAUACAUGCCAGUGUCAAUUUGUGUGACAAUAUUUAAUAGCAUAACAAGACAUACGUUUAAGCUCAAUAACAUCAUCUGGGGAAGAAAAUUUUCCAUUUCCUUUUCAUUCCGUUGCAUUUCUCAAAAAAUACCAUUAAACAAACACUCUCGUUUUGUACAUUCGAAUGGCUGUUAAUAUUAAUGGCUGUCUAUUAUGUCGCUAGCAAGCUUUCAAUUGUUGCUUGCAGCACUCAUUGCAUCUCGCAGCGUCGACGAAGACAGAAUAAAUGUCAAUCUAAUAAAUACGAUAAGGAUAAGUCAAAUGCUAAAAGUGAUGAAGAUACUGAUGGUGCUGAAUGUGAAUAUAAAGUACGAGAUAAAGAGUUGAUCAACAUGGGCUACACAUCUUCUGUCGAUACUAUCGUGGGAACGUCAAGACAAUUUCCAGAACUGCUGUGUCAAGCUGGAGCGGAAAUUGAAAAGGAUUAUAAUAAGGAUGAAGCAGGUGUAGCAGUAAGAUACGACGGAAUCGUUACAGACAGAAACGGUGCUAUUAUUAAUGGUCCAUUAGAAUCAUUCAUCAAUUUAAUAAUUCCGUCGAGCGUUGUAGAUAUUGAUCAUAAUUUCAUUUUCUCAUUUUUGCUGUCGAGUAGAAUUUUUAUUCAACCUCACGAGCUGUUAGAAAAAUUAAUUGAAUCAGUGCCUGAAAAUGAUGAAUCACUAGAACGAUUGGUAGCUCUGAUGGGAGAAUGGACGAGGUGGUUUCCUUACGAUUUUCGAGGCGAAGAAAUCAUGUCGCUCGUUAAACAUAUCGUAGCAAGGUGUAGUGCAAACAAGAGGCUUGGUGAUAUUAUGUCGGAUCUAUUGAGUGCCUUGUUAAUCAAAUUGACAGAUUUGAGUAAACAUGAGGAUGAGAUGAAAUGUUAUAAACGACCGCUAGCCGAGUCAAGUGUAGUCGAGUGGCCAAACUCAUCGAAAUUAGCUCAAUUGUUAUGUCAUGUUGAGAAGAAAUUUGCCAAACAUAUCGGACCAGAGGAGUUUGUUCAAUGCAGUCAAAAUCUAAUUAAGGAAGAACAACAGCAAUCAAAUUAUGAUGUUCCACCAUCUUCUUCCCUUUCUACAGUAGCUACCUCAAUCAUAACUAAUUCAUUUGCCACAAAUCCAAUGACAGCAUCUGCAAUCCAAUUGCAGGAUAUUCAGAACAAGAAGAAAACUUGCAAUUUGGAAAAUUAUUUUGAAUGGUCGAGUCGAUUACGUUUGCUUGUGGCUAAUGAAAUAUUGCAGUGCACAAGUGAAUGUGAUAGAAGCAGAAAACUCGAAUUGUGGAGUAGCGUAGCUCAGCAUUGUCUUCUUGUGGGAAACUACAAUUCUGCAACAUCAAUACUAGAACCAAUCUGUCGACUGCAGACUAUGUGGAAGAAAAUCCUAUCAUCAACGAAUCAACAACAAAUUGACUGCCUGUUGAAGCACAUUGAAAACUCACAGAAUUUAAAUUUAUGGAGUAAGCAGACGGAAAAGUCGUCUAGCGGGGGAUUUAGCAAUUUAAACAAAAAGCAGAAACGCAUUCAAAUCAUUACACCCAAUUCAUCACCGCCUUCAACUCUAAAUCGUUCAAACACCACGACACCAAGCACAAGUACCGAGCAAUCAAUCAUAAAAAGUCAAUCGAAAGUUGGCACUACAAAUAAUAAAUUAGAGUGGGUUGUACUGCCUGUAUUUGAAGACAUUGUUAAAUUAGCAAUAAAGGCAAGAGAAGAUUGUAGUACACGACUACCGAACGGAUGCAUCGUUUUCAGUGCUUUUAACAAGCUUUCCGCAAUCGUAUCAGCAUUUACAAUGCACAUGUCAAAUGUACCAAUCAGUUUAGUCAACUGUGAUGAGUACAAUAUCGUAAAUCACAUUUUUACAUGUCCGUUAGUUCCAGAAGAUGAAUUGUAUGUUGAAUUUGCAAGGAAAGCGACAAAGAUUGAGUCAUAUUAUGAUGUUCCAUGAAAGGAGAUGAAUAGAAGAUUUUCAGUGAAUUACGAAGUCAAUCAAUGAACAAUAAUCAACUAUGUCAGACGAGAGAGAGCUAACUAUUCAUUUUAACAUAAAAAAAUGGAAAAAGUUCAUAGAGAAUGAAGAAUUUAUGUCAUUAUUUAAGUCUUAUGUAACAGUAAAUAACGAACGACAAUUUUUGUAUAUUUUUUCCUCUUAUUUAAGGAAAUGAGAAA